CCGAGUCAUUCCUAGAAGACGUACGGUCGACUCAAAGUACACUCUAUAGUUAUAGUAUAGUUAGUGAAUUGCACAGGUACGGAAUAUGUCUACAAAGGUCGCUGUAGUCACGGGAGCCAACAAAGGCAUCGGACUGGCCAUAGUGAAGGGACUUUGUAAGGCAGGGUACAGCGGUGAUGUUCUCCUGACCGCUCGCAAUGAGGCGCUGGGAAAGGAGGCGCUCGAGCUGGUGAAAGCUGAGGGUUUCCAAAAUGUCGUCUUCCAUAAACUCAAUAUCUGCGACCAAAGCAGUUGCCUGGCGCUUGGAAAGUUUCUGAAGGAUAAAUACGGAGGCCUGGACGUGCUCAUCAACAACGCGGGAAUCGCUUACAAAGCGAACGCCACUGAGCCGUUUGGGGAACAGGCUGAAGUCACCAUGCGCACCAACUUUUGGGGGACACUGUGGGUGUGUCGUGCUCUGUUCCCACUGCUCAGGCCUAAUGCUCGUGUGGUCAAUGUGUCCAGUUUUGUCAGCAAGCGGUCUCUGGAUAAAUGUAGCCCAGAACUUCAGGCAAAGUUGAGAAGAACAGACCUGUCUGAGGAGGAGCUUUGCUCACUGAUGGGGGACUUUGUUACUGCUGCACAGAUUGGAGCUCAUGAGGCUCAGGGCUGGCCGGACACUGCUUAUGGUACCACCAAGAUUGGAGUGACUGUUCUUUCAAGGAUCCAGGCACGGGUUCUUAAUGAAACUAGACCCAGUGAUGGCAUCCUUCUCAAUGCCUGUUGCCCAGGCUGGGUUAGAACAGAUAUGGCCGGUUCAAAUGCCACCAAGAGUACAGAGGAAGGAGCGGAAACUCCAGUGUACCUGGCAUUGUUGCCAGAAGGAGUCAAGGAGCCACAUGGACAGUUAGUUUGGGACAAAACUGUGCAAGAAUGGUAGAA